AUGCGGAAGGGACCAUUUUUCCUAGGUUUUCUUUUGGGACUGAGUUGGCUGGUGCAGCCCGGCCAUGGCUUAAUUGAAGUGUACAGCGGAAAUGACGACUCAAGUGUCUGGGUUCCCGCAUUUCAGUUUCCCAAUUAUCAGGCCAUCGCUGGCCGUAUCAGCGGUGUUCCGAGUUAUCUUCGAGUUGCCAUUCCAGAAAACGACCGCAAUGGCGAACUUGUCGAAGCGGCGCCGCAGGUGUGGGAAAACAGCCGCUUGGUUCCCUUCUUCUUGUUGACGGAUGACACGCCCUGUUUCCCACAAACUGUCGGCAACGACGUCAGCGGAGUGACGGCAAAGAUCUUCAACGCCCAGAGCAAAGGCUACAACGGCGUCAUCAUUUACGCAGAUGCCUCCAAAGAGACAGUAGCCCCACCGUGGAUUACCAACGGAGAGCGGGUUGUUCCCGGUCCUGCGCAACCACCGAUCACGCCCUUCCCGAUGCCGAUUCCAGCCAAUAUUGCCGACCAAAUAUGCAUUGCGGUGCAUUUUGUCGGACACGACUACGGACUGCAACUGACGCAAUACGCGUAA